AAAGAGACAACCUGGGUGAAAAAGUAAUGCCGGGAGAUAUGUGCGCUAGUAUUUGGUACAGGUGUUUAGGUUUCUCGUUAUGGCUCGUACUAAGCAAACUGCUCGUAAGUCCACCGGCGGCAAGGCGCCGCGCAAGCAGCUGGCUACUAAGGCAGCCCGUAAGAGUGCACCGGCCACCGGCGGCGUGAAAAAACCCCACCGUUAUCGGCCGGGCACGGUGGCCCUGCGCGAGAUCCGCCGCUACCAGAAGUCCACAGAGCUUCUUAUCCGUAAAUUGCCUUUUCAGCGCCUUGUGCGUGCGAUUGCCCAGGACUUCAAGACCGACCUGCGCUUUCAGAGCUCGGCGGUGAUGGCGCUGCAGGAGGCAUGUGAAGCCUAUCUGGUGGGUCUCUUUGAGGACACCAAUCUGUGCGCCAUCCACGCCAAACGCGUUACCAGUAUGCCGAAAGACAUCCAGCUGGCCCGCCGGAUCCGCGGGGAGCGGGCAUAA